AUGCGUUUGUUGUUGUUGUUGCUAUCGUUUUUUCAUUUAUGUUGUGGCCGGGCUGGGUCUUCAUUCCCGAGACCCAGCUCUCCAUGGCAGGGCAUCAGCUUCUCCAGUUGCCACGUGCAGGCUCCGCGGUGGCAGGAUGCAUUCAUACUGCAUUCACUGAGCAUCAGCUAUGCCCUGAGCUCUGAGGGGGAAGGACGCGCCCUCCCUGCCCCCGAGGACAGUCUGGAAAGCAGUGUCCCUCCUCUUCUCUGCUGGGGGAUCCGGGAGAUCUGGGACACACCAGCGCCCGGGCUGGGCUGGGUCCACCCUCCCUCCCCUCUGACUCAGCACCAGUACCGGCUCUGGUUGGAGUGGGCGCUUUGGGCAGAGGCUGGGGUCAGGCUGGACAGAAGGAGCCAGGGUCACCUCAGUUCAGGGGCCACCGCUGCCCCGUGGACUCCAGGCGUCCUGCCCUGGCACCUGCUGUGGCUCCCUGCUGCCCACGGGGCAGCGCCUCAGUCCCCUCGUGUGACGGUUUGGGCUGACCCCAUCCCAGGUGCUGCUCUGGUAAGUUCUGCCUUGGGGCCCCAGCUGCCCAGCUCCUCGGGGCCUUCGCAGACCCUGUUCAGGCCGCUGUCACAUGCCUCCUCUUGGGUGGUAUCUUCCAGGGUGCCCCUCCCCUGGCACUCUGCACAAGCUGGCUACAUGUCCGCUCCCCCUUCCUCCAACCUCACACCUCGGCGAGAACUUCUUUGCCGUGGUCACCCCCCAGCCUGCCCUUCAUGGCCUGUUCUCUGCUCUGUCACCAUCUGUGUUAGUCUCUCAGUCAGUCGUGUCUGA